AUGGAUGGUGUCAAAAAAUCCAUGCUCGAAAGCAUUUAUGGGGUCGAGGAGCGGACCAGUAACCCCCGUAAAAAGGUGAAACUGAGCGCCGAAGACCAGCGCGAGCAAAAACCAAAGAUGGGCAAGUCCUCUUAUCGUCAUGGCAAUGGAAUUGUUGGUGAAUAUAUGCGACCAGAUCCCAACCAAGCAGCCGAGGUAACCAAGAACAGCCUGGUUGAUCUCACCCAUGAUGAAGAAGAUGGGGAUGAUGAUGUCCAAAUCAUAUCCUCUCGGUCGCUCGAUGAUCAAGAGGUAUGCUAUGGCCACAUCGCAACAACCGCACAAGCGCACCUCCUCCCGAAGCCCAAAACGACUGCAAGUUCCUUCCACCAGGAACGAGAAUGGCCGGUCAUGAAGUGUACCCUCAUCCGCAAACCGUCAAAGGACAUGGUGAUUGACGUGCAAGAUCCGGUGGGUACAACCUUCGCAAAAGUCAAUCCUGACUUCGCCGCGGCGCUUGCACCGGCCAUGGAUGGACUGAAGGGGUUUCGUACGCAGGCGAAAUUGAUCAAUCGACGCAAAAAACCAAAUGAGUGGCCCCACCAGCCUUGCUCUGAACAGCUUAAGAUGAUUGUUAACCUCUACGGCCGACGUGGAGAUGUCAGUAGGGUUGGUAGGCACUUUGGCCAACACAACUUCUGGUUCCGCCCACCAAUGGCUUCGGAACCAGGUAUCCCAAUCGUCAAUCCCCAUGGACAUAAAAAACCACUUUUCCCAGCCCCGCGUGCUACGGGCCAGGUGAGAACGCUGUCCGACACACGCACUCUUGAGGAAGCCACAGACGCAGUCUCGAAGCUCUUUGACUCUUUCGCCAAUGCAAGUCGGCCUCUAGUUGAAACCAGUCCGCCACCGUCCAUCAUUACAACACCUCUACUUAGUCACCAGAAGCAGGCUCUCACAUUUCUUCUGCGCCAAGAGCAGCCACGCACUUUUGGCAGUGAUGAAGCAGAGAAUUCUUCACUCUGGCGGCGGAAGCAACGGAAGAAUGGGGACGUCGCUUAUCACGAAGUCGUCACAGGUCUUUCUGUCAAAGAUGAGCCCGAGCAAGUCCUUGGUGGUCUCCUUGCAGAUGUUAUGGGUCUCGGAAAGACACUGGAAGCCCUCUCCCUCAUCGCAAGCACAUUGGGGAAGGCUGAACUGUUUGCAAAUGAGCAGCCAGUGCGCGACGAUCAGGACAUGCAGCACAUAUUGUCCAACAGCAAGGCGACACUGAUAGUCUGUCCGACGAGCACAGUGAAAAACUGGGAGGAUCAGAUCGCACAGCAUGUCCAGCCUGGAACUAUGAAUUACUACGUUUACCAUGGCCCAACUCGGGAAAAGAACCCAUUCAAGUUGCUGAAAUACGAUAUGAUCAUCACGACAUAUGGGGUGGUGGCUUCUGAAUUCUCCAAGACUGCUGCAACCAUGAACCCCUUGAGACAGGUAAAAUGGUUCAGAAUAGUGCUUGACGAAGCGCAUACGAUCAGAGAACAAAAAGCUCUCCAGUCACAGGCCUGCUACAGUCUUGAGGCCCAACGCCGCUGGUGCUUGACUGGAACGCCUAUUCAAAAUCGAUUGGACGACCUGGGGUCUCUGACGAGAUUCCUCCGCAUGUAUCCUUAUGAUACGUCAGGCCGAUUUAGUCAGUACAUUCGAGGACCGGCGCAAGCAGGCGAUCCGGCUUUUUUGAAGGCAUUGCGUGUCUUCGUGGAUUCAUUCACGCUCCGUCGACUUCGAGACCGAAUCGAUCUGCCGGAGAGAAAAGACUAUGUGGCCAAAUUGACCUUUUCAGACGAAGAAAGACGACUGCAUGACUUCUUCAAAGGAGUUGCUCAUGUCCAAAUUGAACAGCUCAGCCGUACAAAAGAGAAGAACAGUGGUGUCCAACAUCAUGUGCUUCGCGGCAUCAUGACCUUACGGCUCAUUUGCGCCCACGGUCGAGAGUUGCUCAAGGAGAAAGAUUUAAAGCUGCUGAAAGGGAUUAGCGCCGCUGAUGCUAUUGACGUCGACGAAGAUGCUCCACUCCCAACCAUAUCGAGAAAAGCAGCUUAUGAGGCAUUGAAUUUGAGGACCGAGGCUGAGCUGGAUGUGUGCAGGAACUGUGAACGUAGCAUCACCAAGGAAGUUGUGAAGGCCGAAACAGAUGACGAGGAACAGGCGCUUCGAUGCUUUAUCCUCCCAUGCUUUGACCUCGUUUGUGCCGACUGUUUCAAUCCGGCAAAGCCGUCCUUCGACCGCAUGAUGGACAAGGAAGCCAUUACUUGUCCAUUCUGUUCCGCCCAAAUUACUGCCCAGUAUGUUGGAUUUAGUGGAUCCACAGCGCAAGACAUCCUCGUGGCGCCAGACGAUACUAUCGCGCAACAAGAAGAAGAUGAAUGCGUGCAGACUUAUACAGGGCCUCAUACUAAGACGAGGGCACUGUUGGCAGAUAUUGAGCAAAUGAACCAAGAGAGCGAAGCGUUGGAGGCUGCUGGGGAAGUCCCUCUGAAAUGUGUCGUCUUUUCCGAAUUUACGUCGCACCUGGAUCUCAUCGAGAGGGCAUUGACCGAUCAUGGCCACUCUUUCGUGCGCAUUGAUGGCACAAUGUCCCUCAACAGCCGCAAGAAGUCGCUGGAUGCGCUCGCGUCGGAUAACACCAUCAGAAUUCUCCUGGCGUCGAUCAAGGCUGCCGGGCAAGGGCUGAAUCUGACGGCUGCGUCGCGAGCGUUCAUCAUGGAGCCGAUGUGGAACCCUGCAGCCGAAGCGCAAGCAGUGGAUCGAAUUUAUCGCAUCGGGCAGAAGCGCCCCGUCCUCGUCAAACGGUAUCAAAUCGAAAAUAGCAUAGAAGGCAAGAUUGUGGAAUUGCAGAGACGAAAACAGCAGUUGGCCGACGUGUCAGUAAAUCAAAAUUACAAGCAGUUGAGCAAGCAAGAGGUGCGCGAACAGCAUAUGAAGGAGAUUCUGGCGCUGUUUAAAUGA